CUUUCAGAUUGUUGCUAUGGCCUGCAUCAAUCUUGCGUCGAAAAUCGAAGAGGCACCUCGUCGUAUAAGGGACGUGAUCAACGUGUUUCAUCAUUUGCGUCAGUUACGAGCAAAAAGCGACCAGCUACAUUUACCAAAGCCUGGGUGAUGUGGAGUGGUACAUAAAGAUGAAGCUGUCGUCAUGGCAACAGUGAGUGAAGUAUCGAAAAUCCCCAAGGAGAAGCCAGUGCUCUGAGAAUAGGUCACUGGAAUCGGGGGACUAACAGGACUCCAAGCCCCCUGAUACUUGAUCAGAACUACAUAAACACCAAAAAUCAAGUAAUCAAAGCAGAAAGGAGGGUACUGAAGGAGUUGGGAUUUUGUGUUCAUGUCAAGCAUCCGCAUAAGAUCAUUGUUAUGUAUUUACAAGUCCUAGAAUGUGAGCGUAAUCAAACCCUGGUACAGACAGCCUGGGUAGUCCAUGAUGGUAAGUCAUAGAGCUCUGCCCUCUGCACCUCAGCCCAUGACCUGGGGAUGGCCUGUUUGGCUGCCCUUCUCUCCAGCCAACCCAGUGCAAGCUCAUCCGAGAUUCACUGAAGUGGUCCAUAUCCAUCGGGCAGCAUCUUCUAGUUCUGUCUGGGUGUCAAAAGGAUUUGUAUAUUUGCUUUUAGAAGUAACUGUUAAAAAUGUUUCUAAAUGUUUUUGUUGCCUAGCUGCUGUAUACUGUAGUGUAUUUAAAGGACACACGGGGUAGACUUUCUGCCGACAUUCAUUUAGUUGAUUUAGCGUUUGGCUAAACUUGAGUUUAAAAAAAAAAAAAUAUAAAAAUGACAGUGCAUGCAGCAUGUUCACUUAAAAGCCAUAUUGGGCAUGGUUUUCUGUAGAGUCAAUACUUACUGACUGCUGUUCGUUUCUUUCCUGUAGCUCAGUAACUUAGAAAUCGAUGGAGGUCUCUGCUGUUUAAAUGUAUCUCUUGGCAUGUGUUGCUUGGCAGUGCCACCAUGGUGGACCAUAGUGAAGUGCGAGACCCGUUACUAACUUACAGGUCUUUUUCCAACACUCUGAGCAAAUGGGAUGCUUCUCUCUCUGGAUGAAGUUAAUGUGACUCGAGGCACACGUAGGAUUUAAAUGCAGUGUUUUAUGAAUUUUAUAGGUUGCAUCUAGCCUCUGGAAAAUGGUAGGUUAAAAAUAUACCAUGCUUAUGCUUGUAUUUGAGUUUUAAGCAUAUUGAUUUUUGAAUACAAGAACAUUGGUGUUUAAAGCAAACAGCUGGACAGAUGAAAAGUACUUUUUAGACUGUUAACUCAGUGGACACUUCAUGGUGUAACUUACUGUGCCUACCUAGGAAGUAGCCAUUACAUACUACUACUUGCAUUGGGGUUUCAAAACAAUGGCAGGGGUGCAAACUUUGGUACAGAAGUAACAAAUGUAAACAUUAAAUGCAAUAAUUGGAAAGAAACCAAGUUUUUAAUAUAAUUACAGAAAAAAUAAUAAAGUCAAUUGAGUCUCCAGUAUUGUUAUCCUCUAAAUAAGAAUAUGUAAACCUGAGAUCCAACCUUUCAUAAUUUUUUUUUUUUAAGGAAUUACAUGAAUGACAGCCUUCGAACAAACGUGUUUGUUCGCUUCCAGCCAGAGACGAUAGCAUGUGCUUGCAUUUAUCUUGCUGCUAGAGCACUGCAGAUUCCACUGCCUACCCGUCCUCACUGGUUCUUGCUCUUUGGCACCACAGAAGAGGAGAUUCAGGAGAUAUGUUUAACAACUCUUAAGCUCUAUACCAGAAAGAAGCCCAAUUAUGAAUUCUUGGAUAAAGAAGUAGAAAAGAGGAAAAUGGCACUACAGGAAGCUAAACUGAAGGCAAAAGGCUUAAAUCCUGAUGGAACUCCAGCACUCUCAACACUGGGUGGCUUUUCUCCUGCCUCCAAACCAUCUUCCCCAAGAGAAGUAAAAACUGAAGAGAAGUCUCCAGUAUCUCUGAAUACCAAAACUGUUAAAAAAGAGCCAGAAGAGAGGCAGCAGGCUUCCAAGAGCCCUUACAACGGCAUGAGAAAAGAAAGCAAGAGAAGCAGGAGCAGCAGAAGUGCCAGUCGGUCCAGGUCGAGAACAAAGUCACGGUCUCGGUCUCACACACCCAGGCGGCACUACAAUAAUAGGCGGAGCCUGUCUGGGACGUACAGCUCCCGGUCGAGAAGCCGGUCGCGCAGCCACAGCGGCAGCCCUCGCCGACACCACAACCACGGCUCCCCGCACCUGAAGGCCAAGCACAGCCGGGAGGAGCUGAAGAGCGCCAAUAGACACGGUCACAAAAGGAAAAAAUCUCGUUCGCGUUCGCAGAGCAAAUCCCGGGAUCAUUCCGAGGCUGCCAAGAAGCACAGGCACGAGCGGGGACACCACAGGGACAGGCGGGAGAGGUCCCGCUCCUUCGAGAGGUCUCACAAGGGCAAGCACCACGGCAGCGGCCGCUCGGGACACGGCAGGCACCGGCGCUGAGGUUUGCUCCUGCCCCGGGCUCUGGCUAAGCCUGUACAUACCACAGUAAAUGGACUCUUUCUUUGAGAACAAUGGAACCGAUUAGGAUUUGAUUAAUUUAAACCCAAUAUCUAAUUUUUCUAAAACGUGUAGAAGAUUUCUUUUUUUUUUUCUUUUGGGAAAGAAACUGUUACCAACUUUUGCACAUAAUACCUUAGCAGUAUCAGAUUGGUGGGAAACAACGAUCAGGUUAAAUUGUAUGUAUUAGGGUUGUGUAUUGUUUAUUGAUAUAAGAACUGGAGAAUGGAUUUCUGUAAAAAGGCAAAAUGUACCUUAUUUUUAUACAAGUCAAUUGCAGACACUUAUAUUUAAGUAUAGUUAUUUGUUUAAACGAUGGUGGAUACUUUCUUACACUGGUUUUAGUCUGCAUGUGUUAAAAGAUUUUUACAAGAAAUAAAAUAUAAAGCUUUUUUUUUUUACUGCC